GCUGAUGUCGACGCAGUCGACCUGACUGGGAGUCCUCCGCUUGGAGAGGCUCCCCAAAUGGCUGCUGUGGAGAUGACGCAGAUUGUCGAGCAGGUUGCUCCAGCUGCCAAGGAGGUGUCCUAGGGUGCUGAGCAGGUCAUCUCGACCGCCGAGGCGAGUAAGGCCGCCGAGGUCCUGGCAACCCCGAGCUCUGAGGUGCCAGGAGCGGGUGUCUUUGGUGCAGCAGGGGUCAGGCCCGUGGAGAGCUUUGAUGCUGCUCAGGUCCUUCUGCAGAGGGCUAUGGCCAUUGUGGACCACUGGAAGCAUAGGUGGUCCAAGCAGCAGGAGGAUCUGGUCCGACUGAGGGGCCGAGUUCAACCCCUGAGGGACGAAAACAAAGUCCUGAAGAAGGAGAACAAGGUUCUUAGUGCUGCCCUUGGUGAAGCGAAAUUGCAGGGUGCCGAGCUUCGAGCUGCGAGGGGGGACCUUGCGAGGGUUCAGAAGUCGCUGGAGAUCACCCUGCGCUCCAACGAGAACUAUGCCUCCCAGGUGAACGAGCUGCAGGGACUUGCCACCGCAUCCCGAGGUCGGGUGCGUUUCUUGGAAGACGAGGUGACGUCUUCCCGUGGUCGAGUCCGCUCCUUGGAGGAUGAGGUGACCUCCCUGAAGAGUGAUCUGGUGGUUGCGGCUGAGAAGCGCCUCUGUGAUGAGGUCGUCCUUAGCGGCAAAGAGGAUAAGGUUGCCGCUUUGAGAGUGGAGCUGGGGAAGCAGGAGGCGGAGAGGGCGGUGCUGGAGAAGAAGCUAGAGGAAACCGAACGGGCUAUUGUGGUUGAAUAUAAGCGGGGUUUCCUCAAGGUAGCUCGCCAGGCAAGGCUUCUUGCCCCGGGGUUCGACUUCUCUGCCAUGCACGUGGAGAAAGUAGUUCGCUUUGGGAAGCUGGUAAAGGAGGACGACCUCGAGGAUAGCUCUAGUGAGAAUGCCUCCGCGCAGGCCAAAUUUUGUAAAAGCCUAGUUUAAUUUUCCCUGCUUUAUUUAUCUCCUCUGAAUUCAAUUGUGGAACUUUGA